AUGGGUGCACAGGAAAGUACUGGAAGGAAACAACAGCAAAUCGUUGAUGUAAAAGAAACUGUUCCACGUGAUGCCAAAGCUUACAAGCUGUGGAGUCAUAUACAUCAGGCAGUGAAGAAUCGCAGCUUGCAUUGUACGAUUUUCCUCAAGAAAUUCGACAGCAACGAUGGUUCCUUGGAAUAUUACGAAAAUGGCAUAAAGCUAUUAAAACAGCUCAAACAUCCACAUAUUUUGAAGUUUCUGGAUGGAGCUUGCACUGCUAGUGAUGUGACUUUAGUUACCGAGCGUGUACAGAUGCUUGAUCUUGCCAUGGGUUCUUUAUCAGUUGAUGAAAUACAAUCUGAACUGCACCACAUUUUAGAAGCUCUUCUUUUCCUCCACACAAAGGCCUUUUUAUCCCACAAUAACCUCAACCCUGCCUCAGUCUUUGUUGCCAGUAGUGGAGAGUGGAAACUUGGCGGGUUCGAAUUCUCAUCUCCUCCUCACGUAAGCCAGCAAUUCCUGCAUUCCAAAUUCAGCGCUUCUGCGGACGGUAAUUUGCCGAAUACCUCUUCGUUUUCCGAUGACGCAUUUUCUUUUGGAAAAUUAAUUGAGUAUGCUCUCGAUUCCUGUGAUAGCAAAGGCAAAGGCACGCUUCCUUAG